GGGUCGCGGCACGAUUUCUGAUCCGCCCACCUAAUCGAGAUUCAUGAUCUUUCUUUCAAUUUUCUAUAUAUAAAUGUAAUGCCCCAAAUCCCAAUUUUCAUCAUACUUCAACGAGAAUCGGAAACCAGAGCAUACAGAGAGAGAGAGAGAGAGAGAGAGAGAGGAGUGAAACGAAGAGAUUGAGUGUGUUUGUGUACGAGAGAAUUCUUUUUGCGUCUCUUUCUUGUUUGUUUGCGUCUUUCCCAGAAGUUGGAAGUUCCCAUUUCCAGAAAUUAACGCCUGAGACUGGAGCUCGAGAAGAAAAGGAUCAUUUAUGGAGGCCGACGCAGGAAGAGGUUUGGGAUGCCAGAAGACUAUGGAUGGGAAGGCGAGUAAUGGGAUUGUUCCAAAGAAGGAGAUCCCUUCUUGUUGUUUAAAGGCCAUGGCUUCAGCCCCUGAGCUUGAUGCCAAGUGCCAUUCCACUGUUGUUUCUGGCUGGUUCUCGGAACAUCAGUCUGCUUCUGAUUCAGAUAAGGGAAACAAAAUGGUCUACUUCAACAAUCCCAUGUGGCCUGGAGAAGCACAUUCCCUGCAAGUAGAGUCUAUAUUAUUUCAAGGGAGGUCAGAGUACCAAGAAGUAGUUGUUUUCGAGUCCACUUCAUAUGGGAAAGUGCUUGUUCUAGAUGGUAUUGUCCAGUUAACUGAGAAAGAUGAGUGUGCCUACCAGGAGAUGAUAACUCACCUGCCCCUCUGUUCAAUUCCAUCUCCCAAAACGGUUCUUGUUGUUGGUGGUGGCGAUGGUGGAGUUCUAAGGGAAGUCGCUCGCCACAACUCUGUAGAGCAUAUCGAUAUAUGUGAGAUAGAUAAGAUGGUCAUUGAUGUAUCCAAGGAGUUCUUUCCCGAGUUAGCUAAAGGAUUUGAGGAUCCCCGUGUCCACCUUCACGUUGGAGAUGCUGUUGAUUUCCUACGGCGUGCACCGAAAGAGAAAUACGAUGCUGUCAUAGUUGAUUCCUCGGACCCUGUUGGACCUGCUCAGGAGCUAGUUGAGAAGCCAUUCUUUGAGACGAUAGCAAAAGCAUUGAAACCUGGUGGUGUUCUCUGUAACAUGGCAGAAAGUAUGUGGCUACAUACACAUCUUAUUCAAGAUAUGAUCUCUAUUUGCCGUAAAAUUUUCAAAGGGUCUGUUCAUUAUGCAUGGGGCAGCGUUCCAACUUAUCCAAGUGGUGUGAUAGGUUUUCUGCUAUGCUCAACUGAAGGGCCACCUGUUGAUUUUAAGAAUCCUAUCAAUCCCAUCGAGAAGCUAGAAAGUUCAGCCGAGUAUGAAAGAGAGCUCAAGUUCUACAAUUCAGAGAUACACUCUGCUGCUUUUGCUUUGCCAUCGUUUCUGAGGAGGGAGGUGAAGGCGCUUGGGCACAGGACUGAUUCCGGUAGAGGAGGCGACGUCCAGGUCUAGCCAUUUCCUGUUUGGUUGGUAUUUACAAAUAAUGAAAGUGAUUGAACAUUGAUUCUGAAAACAUUUAUAUUAUUGACUUGUAAUGGUAGUAGCUAUAUCUUCUGUGAGAUCAAACUUGUUGAUGACAUCUCAUUGAAUUUCUUCUUGCUUAUGAGUGAUUUGAAGCAGUGCUUUUAUAAUAUGUGAUUUGUGCA